AUGGAGCAAGGAUUAGAGAUGUCAGCUAUGAUACCUGCUUUGCAGGAGCUAGCAAGUGCAAGUACAGCAGAUUACAAUCAGGCUGUGCAGAAACCCCGUCAGAUUUUAUGUCAGUUCAUUGACCGAAUGUUGACAGACGCUGGCGUUGUUGCUUUGGAGUUGAGCAAGAGGACGAAUUCUGAACCGACUUGCGUUAUGCUUCUGGAUUUCGUCCAGCAUAUUAUAAAAUCCUCAUCGUUAAUGUUCAUUAAUCCUGCCUGUCAGUCCGAACAUUUCAGAGACGUGGAACAGGGCUGCACUGACUUCAGUAAAUGGAUCAUUGUCCGACUACUACGGAUAGCUGCCACACCAGAAUGCGACAGCCUCCAUGAGAAGAUUGCCAAAGUCAUCUGUUCCUUGCUCCAUCUUUUCCGAGCUAAGGGUUCAGUUAUAUUUGGUUCACUGGCUAAAGAACUCAUAUGCCUGACACAGGAUUUGGUGACUGUGGGCAUCAGACAGACCCUAAGUACAAAUGGAAGCCUGUCAUCACAGUGGCCUGUGUUGGUGGAGAGAUUCUGUGUCACUCCUUCAACUACUGCCGCUUACCUCACUCCCACCACCCUUCAGCUUGUCAGUAUAGCCUCUGUAGAGUCACUGGAGGCCACUGCUUUGACGAUCCUUAUAGAUAUCGUCCAGGGUAUAUUCUUCCCAAGGGAAGUCGGUAUCAUUUGGGAGACUUGUUGUUCUCUUUUGGCCCAUGGAAAUCCCAAACUUAAAACAGUUUCACUGAAGCUGUUGACUGAGAUUGUGAUAUUGGGAAGAUUCCCUGAGGAACACUCACAAGCCUUUUUCUCUGCUUAUUUGCAACUCCUGGAUUCCCUCACUUCUUCUGAGCAGUCAAAGCUCGUUGUUUAUGGGAAACAGUUCCAGAGGCUGUCCCGGAGUGUUUUUUCUUUAGAAAGAGGCAUACAUCAGAGGUUUGAGAGAGUCCAUCUGAACAUGCUUAUGGAGAAGCUGGAGAGAUUAGUGGUCAGUGGAGCUCUGGAGGCAUUGCAAGUAGAGGAGGUGACAACCACCCUUUGGGAAAUUUUUCGGUUCAUCUUGGAGUUUGUACCACCAGGUUAUGAAUCUGCAGUGCAGAUCCGAAAGGAAAGAGUCACAAGCAUUUGCAAAACUCUUAUUAAGACUGUUGGGACUAAGAGAACUCAGAAGUGUGUGGAGGGAUAUCUGUACACUACCUUAAAGACAGAACGCCUGACCAUUCUCCAAGACAUGCAGGGCAGUGUCUCUUACUCCACUGACAGCAGCGAUGAGUGUGAGCCUGCAGCCAAAAGGCGAAACAUAGAUCCCCAAUCCCUGUCCGGCACUUCGGCUGAAACAAAGCCUACCCAGAUGAAUGUGAGCCGUAUGAGUGAGGUCUGGGCUGCAGUGGAGGAAAGGUUAGAGGAACUCCUGGUUCAGUUCAAGGAUGAGACCACCUCCCAAUGUGUGUGUGCUGCGGAAGGACUAGCUGUCAUUCUCCAUCUGACUGCGCUCUGCUCCAUGCAUGACCUCCCUGAGCAACACAGGUAAAGACAUGGAGCCCAGCUCGUAUGGCUCCACAGCAGGACUCUUGUUCAGGUGGUGGAGAGUUGCCGCACUGUGCUGGCCAGCGCAUCUAAUGAGGACGACCUGGAGCAACUGGUAGAGAGUGCUGUGAAAAUUCUUGACGGCAUCCUCUACAUGAAUAUCCACACUCAGGGUAAUGCCAGCCUCCAUAAGACAGUUUGUGCCUUGCUGUCAGUUCCAUGGGUGGUUGAACACUCCUCCCAUUCAGUUUAUCAGACAGCUUCCUUCUCAUCAACUCUGACAGGACUGUCCCAGAAACUAGCUCCUGCGUACUCUCCACAGAUACAGGCUCGCUGUGUGUUUCUGCUGUCCCUGUUGCCGAAGCGCGCGUGUGCCGACUGGCGCUCCGCGGUGUUUCGCUGGGCCUUGCAGAGUAAGGCUGAGGCUGUGCGAGCCAGCGCAGUGAAGGCAUUUCCACUCCUUCUCCAUCACCUCGGAGCCAAGUCCUUUAGCCUUAUACAUGAGGUCCUGCUGAACAGGCUCCAGGACAGUUCUGUUCAGGUCAAAGUGGAGCUUGCUGGCAUUACAGGGAGCCUGGUCUGCUGUCUGUCGGAGGGCUCCCAGAUACAGCUCCCGGAGCCGGUCGUCCCUUUUCCUGCGUUCCUCUGUGAGAGUGUCAGUUUGGGUAAUGCACACUCAGGCCAGGCCACCACCAUCGGAGCCUCCAUUCUCACCCCCUUUCUCAUGCUUCUCAAACCUGCGGAGAGCAGCAUGGUCAAAAAAGCUUUCAUAGAGAACAUUCAUCACUUGUGUAAUCACGUGGACCUUACUAACGGUGACCCAGACACUAAAGCCAUGAUCAGCGCCUUAAUCAACCUCAUAGAAGAUCCAGACCAAGAAGUGCGCAUGCUCUUCAGCAAAAACAUCAAGAACAUGCUGGAGUCUUGGAACUGCGAAGGCUUUCUGAAAGAACUUCUUGUUUCCAGAAUGAAGGAGGCCUACACUAAUGCAAAGAUCACAAGAAACAAUGAUCUCAAAAACACACUAAUAUUUACUACAGGAGAGAUUGGGAGAGUGGCCAAGGGGAACCUGGUGUCUUUUGCACUGCUGCGUCUCCUGCACUGCUUGCUCUCUAAAUCCACUCAGGUGUCGGUGGUGGCCUACACUGAGAUCCAGGCUCUGGCCCUCUCCAGAGAUCUGAAACUGCAGUCUUUCUUCAACCAGUACAGAAACCCUGUCUGCCAGUUCCUGGUGGAGGCUUUACACUCCCGUCACAUGACAGCUCUGUGCAGUACCCCUGACCAAAGCAGUGAGGCCCUGCAGGAGGAGGUGGCCCGUCAGAGGGAGCUGGCUUUGGACAUCCUCUCUCAAGUGGCUCAUGUGUUUGAUUUCCCAGACCUCAACAGGUUCCUCAACCGCACCUUGCAGGUCCUCCUACCCUAUCUAGCAGCCAAGGCCAGCUCCACAGCCUCAGCUCUCAUCCGCACCAUCGCCAAACAGCUCAACGUGAACCGCAGAGAAAUCCUCAUCAGCAACUUCAAAUACAUCUUCUCUCACCUGGUGUGUUCUUGCACCAAAGAAGAAUUGGAGAGGGCUUUCCAUUACCUAAAGAAUGAGACAGAGCUUGAGUUGGGCAGUCUGCUAAGGCAAGACUUCCAAGGCCUUCACAACGAACUUCUCCUUCGUCUGGGUGAGCACUAUCAGCAGGUGUUUAAUGGUCUGUCCAUUUUAGCCUCCUUUGCCUCCAGUGAUGACCCUUACCAAGGCCCACGGGAUAUCACCACUCCAGAAUGCAUGGCAGAUUAUCUGCAGCCAAAACUCUUGGGUAUCCUGGCCUUCUUCAACAUGCAGUUACUUAGCUCCAGCGCUGGAGAAAAGGACAAGAAGAAACUGGCUUUGAACAGUCUGAUGGCUCUUAUGAAGCUGAUGGGUCCCAAACACAUUAGCUCUGUACGUGUGAAGAUGAUGACCACACUAAGAACAGGCCUGAGAUGCAAGGAUGACUUCCCAGAUCUCUGCUGCCAGACCUGGGAUUGUUUUGUACGUUGCUUGGACCCAGCCUAUUUGGGACCACUCCUUAGUCAUGUGAUUGUGGCCUUACUGCCUCUUAUCUCCAUCCAACCUAAAGAGACAGCCUCCAUCAUACACUUCCUCAUUGUGGAGAACAGAGAGGAAGUCCAAGAUUUUCUUCAUGAAGUUUACUUCCUUCCCGAUCACCCAGAGUUAAAGGACAUUCACAAGAUCCUUCAAGACUACAGAAAACAAACCUCUAAGAGCACAGAUCUGCAGACAGCACUGCAGCUCUCUAUGCGAGCUAUCCAGCAUGAAAACAUGGAUGUGCGAAUCCAUGCUCUUACCAGCCUGAAAGAGAUGAUGUACAAAAACCAGGAGAGGCUGUUGAAACAUGUGCUGGACAGUGAGAUGGUAGAGCCUGUGAUAUCUCAGCUGGUGACGGUGCUGCUGAGGGGCUGUCAGGAUGUUAACCCUGAGGCCCGGCUGCUGUGUGGGGAGUGCCUGGGUGAACUGGGUGCCAUUGACCCCGGCCGUCUGGACCUGGCCACUGCUGACACAGAGGGAAAAGGCUCCACAUUUGUGAGUGGAAUAGACGAUCCAAACUUUGCUUAUGAGCUGCUGACAGAACUGACUAGAACCUUCUUGGCCUAUGCUGAUAACGUCAGGGCACAGGAUGCUGCAGCCUAUGCCAUGCAGGAGCUUCUGUCCAUAUUUGAGUGCCGUGAGGGCCGGACGGACUCGCCUGGCCGCAGGCUGUGGAGGAGGUUCCCUGAGCAGGUUCAAGAGAUCCUGGAACCCCAUCUUAACAGCAGGUAUAAGAGCUCACAGAAGGUGGUCAACUGGUCUAAACUGAAAAAGCCCAUAUACCUCAGUAGCCGGGGAAGCAAGUUCUCGGACUGGUCUGCAGCAUGGGCGGGCUAUCUUAUCAGUAAAGUCAGACACGAGCUGGCUAGCAAAGUCUUCAACUGCUGCAGUUUCAUCAUUAAGCAUGACUAUAAAGUGACCAUCUACCUCCUGCCUCACAUCCUGGUCUAUGUGCUGUUGGGAUGCUCUAAGUCUGAGCAACAAGAGGUGACUGAUGAGAUCAUGGCUGUGCUGAAGGAGGGUGAUCCUCGGUUAGCCCGUCUGCAGGAGAAUGCCUCCAGCCUGAGCCAGCUCAGCACUCAGACCGUCUUCUCCAUGCUGGACCACCUGACGCAGUGGGCCCGACACAAGCUCCAGAGCCUCAGCUCAGCCAAGGGGAGCACAAGCAGGACGGCCAAAGAGCAGCCACAAGCCCAGAGCAGCGGUGCGGAGAACAGUGAGUAUCAGAGUGUGACGUCCUUUCUAAACAGCAUCCCCCAGGACGUCCUGGCCAAGGCCUCGUUCCGCUCCAGAGCCUACACGCGCGCUGUCAUGCACUUUGAGUCCUUCAUCCUGGAGAAGAAGCAGAACAUUCAGGAUCACCUCACUUUCCUACAGACCCUGUAUGCAGCCAUGCAUGAGCCAGAUGGGGUGAGAGGAGUGAACGCGCUGAGGAAGGAGGAGCCCUCCCUCAGAGAGCAGAUCCUGGAGCACGAGAGCAUCGGCCUGCUGCGGGAGUCCACCGCCUGCUAUGACCGAGCCAUCCAGCUGGAAUCAGAUCAGAUUGCCCAUUAUCAUGGGGUAAUGAACUCUAUGCUGGGCCUUGGGCAACUCUCCACAGUCAUUACCCAGGUCAAUGGAGUCCUAGCAAACAGGCCUCGGUGGAAGUCUGACCUAAACACGUACAGGGUUGAAGCAGCUUGGAAACUGUCAAAGUGGGACUUGGUGGAAGAUUAUCUGGCCUCUGAUCGGAAGUCCAGCACUUGGGGAGUGAGGCAAGGCCAAAUGUUAUUGGCUGCCAAGAAACGAGAUUCGGAAAUGUUUUAUGAAAAACUGAAGAUUGCCAGGAAAGAGCAGGUAGUCCCGCUAGCAGCUGCCAGCUUUGAAUGCGGAACCUACCAGAGAGGUUACGAAUACAUCAUUAGGCUUCACAUGCUGUGUGAACUGGAGCGUGCUUUUGCUGAACUGCAGAGGGAGGCUGCAGGAAAAACAGAUGGAUGUUCGAAGGAACCUGAACUUAUGCUCAACUGGGAUGCUCGCUUACUCAUGACCCAAAACUCUUUUAGGGCCAAAGAGCCAAUCCUGGCUCUUCGCCGUGCCCUCCUCAACCUCAGCAAACGAUCCUCGUGUGAGGAACAGGUGGGUGACUGCUGGCUCCAGAGCACCCGUGUCGCCAGGAGAGCCGGCCAUCACCAGACUGCCUUCAACGCCCUGCUGAAUGUGGAGAACUCCCACCUGUCUGAACUGUUUGUGGAGAAAGCCAAGUGGCUCUGGUCCAAGGGAGAUGUGCACCAAGCCCUGAUUGUCCUGCAAAAAGGGGUACAGCAGUGUUUUCCUGAGGAACAACCUCUCGUUGACCCCAAGAGGAUUCAGGUGAAAGGCAAGGCCCUGCUGCUGGUCGGCAGGCUCAUGGAGGAGACGGCCAACUUUGAGAGCAAUGCCAUUAUGAAAACAUAUAAGGAUGUUAUCACUCUGUUACCAGAAUGGGAGGAUGGGAACUUUUACCUGGCUAAAUACUAUGACAAGCUAUAUCAUAGUAUGCCAAUGAUCAAUGACAACAAACUGGAAAAGCAGGGCAACUUCAUUCGCUACAUUGUGACUUUCUUUGGAAAAGCCUUACAGUUUGGUAAUCAGUAUAUCUAUCAGGCUAUGCCUAGGAUGCUGUCAUUAUGGCUCGACUAUGGGGCCAAAGUUCACGAGCACGACAAAGCUGGACGCUCUGGGCAGAUACGUUCUGAGUUGACCAAAAUCAACGCUGUGAUCAGCGAACACACGAGAAACUUGUCGCCUUACCAGUACCUCACCGCCUUCUCCCAGCUCAUCUCCCGCAUCUGCCAUUCCAACGAUGAGGUCUUUGCUGUGCUGCAGGAGAUUAUAGCCAAAGUUUUCCUGGCUUACCCACAGCAAGCCAUGUGGAUGAUGACAGCUGUAUCCAAGUCCUCGUAUCCCACUCGUAUGAACAGAUGUAAGGAGAUCCUGAAAAAAGCCGUCAGUAUGAAAGGAUCUCUUGGAAAGUUCAUUGGAGAUGCCAACAGACUGACUGACAAGCUUCUAGAACUCUGCAACAAACCGGUGGAUGGGAGUAGCACCACUCUGAGCAUGGGUGUACAUUUUAAGAUGCUGAAGCGGCUGGUGGAGGAGCCAACCUUCAGUCAGAUCCUAAUCCCACUACAGUCUGUCCUUAUUCCUACCCUGCCCUCCACUGGGGGGGCAAACCCCGAUCAUGAUGCCUUCCCUGGACACUGGGCCUACCUGGCAGGCUUUGAUGACACUGUGGAGAUCUUGGCCUCUCUGCAGAAGCCUAAGAAGAUCUCACUGAAGGGCUCUGAUGGAAAGUUCUAUACCAUGAUGUGUAAGCCCAAAGAUGACCUCAGAAAAGACUGCAGGUUGAUGGAAUUUAACUGCCUCAUUAACAAGUGCCUACGGAAAGAUGCAGAGUCCAGACGCAGGGAGCUACACAUCAGGACCUACGCAGUCAUUCCACUGAAUGAGGAAUGCGGUAUCAUUGAGUGGGUGAACAACACGGCUGGACUUCGCCACAUUCUCACCAAGCUCUACAAGGAGAAGGGGCUCUAUCUGUCUGGGAAGGAGCUGCGGAAGUUUAUUUUGCCAAAAACAGCAUCGUUUCAGGAAAAACUGAAGAUGCACAAGGAAGUGCUUUGUGCCAGACAUCCUCCAGUCUUUUAUGAAUGGUUCUUGAGGACAUUCCCUGAUCCAACCUCUUGGUACAACAGCAGGUCUGCUUACUGCCGAUCAACAGCUGUUAUGUCCAUGGUGGGCUACAUCCUGGGCCUUGGCGAUCGCCAUGGAGAGAACAUUCUGUUUGACUCUCUGACUGGAGAAUGCGUUCAUGUUGAUUUCAACUGCCUCUUCAACAAAGGGGAGACGUUUGACGUUCCAGAAGUGGUCCCAUUUCGACUGACGCAGAAUAUGGUUCAUGCCAUGGGACCCAUGGGGACAGAGGGCCUGUUCAGGCAGGCCUGUGAGGUUACGCUCCGCCUCAUGAGGGACCAGAGGGAACCACUUAUGAGUGUUUUGAAGACAUUCCUUCACGAUCCAUUAGUGGAAUGGAGUAAACCUACAAAAGGCCCCUCUAAGACACAUGCUAACGAGUCUGGAGAGAUUCUCAAUGAGAAGGCAAAGACUCAUGUUCUGGACAUUGAGCAGAGACUGCAGGGAGUGAUCAAGAACAGGAAUAAGGUGGUGGGUUUGCCCUUGUCCAUUGAGGGCCAUGUGCACUACCUCAUCCAAGAAGCCACAGAUGACAACCUCCUCUGCCAGAUGUAUCUUGGCUGGGGUCCCUAUUUGUGAUGACUUUGGUUAUGCUGUGAAAACAUGCUGUUCCAUUUGUUUGCUUGUGCUUUUGCUUGCGGGAAAUGUUUUUGGAGAAAUAUAAUUUCUCAUGUAAUUAUA